ACUAUGGCACUAUUAAGAAAGUGCUUGCCCCAAUGAACCAGACUUCAAGCAGCUGCCUGCUCGAGGAAAUUGAACUCCUGCCGAAAAGUCAGCGAGAGCCCAUCAGGAGCCUUCAGAUCCUGCACAGCCAGAGUGUCCUUUUCGUGGGCCUUCAGGAACAUGUGAUUAAGGUUCCCCUGAAGAGAUGUCUCUUUUACAAAACAUACAGUGCAUGCAUUGGAUCCCAAGACCCUUAUUGUGGCUGGGACAUGGUGAUGAAGAAAUGCACAACGCUGGAAGAAAGUCUGAGCAUGAGUCAGUGGGAGCAAAGCAUUACCGUGUGUCCAAUGAGGAAUCUGACAGUGGAUGGACAUUUUGGAACAUGGUCACAGUGGAAGCCUUGCACCCACACUGACGGUGCCAGUGUCGGCUCCUGCCUCUGCAGGACACGUGUGUGUGACAGUCCUGCUCCUCAGUGUGGAGGUUGGCUGUGUGAAGGACCAACCAUGGAGAUUGCCAACUGUUCCAGAAAUGGAGGCUGGACACCAUGGACUUCUUGGUCACCUUGUAGUACCACUUGUGGAAUAGGCUUUCAAGUUCGGCAGCGUUCCUGCAGCAAUCCAACCCCUCGACAUGGAGGACGUGUCUGUGUGGGGCAGAACCGUGAGGAGAGGUACUGCAAUGAGCAUUUGUUGUGCCCCCCUCAUGUGUUUUGGACAGGCUGGGGUCCAUGGGAGCGCUGCACUGCUCAAUGUGGUGGAGGGAUCCAGGCACGGCGUAGGACAUGUGAAAAUGGUCCUGACUGUCCUGGCUGCAGCGUGGAAUAUCAGCCUUGUAACACCAACGCCUGCCCAGAGUUAAAAAAGACAACUCCUUGGACACCUUGGACCCCAGUCAAUAUUUCAGACAAUGGUGGCCACUACGAACAACGUUUCCGAUACACCUGCAAAGCUCGCUUGCCUGACCCAAAUUUGCUAGAGGUGGGAAGGCAAAGGAUAGAAAUGCGUUACUGUUCCAGCGAUGGCACCAGCGGAUGCUCGACAGAUGGAUUGUCAGGGGAUUUCUUGCGUUCUGGACGAUACUCUGCUCAUACCAUCAAUGGUGCCUGGUCACCCUGGUCUCCAUGGUCUCAGUGCAGUCGCGACUGCAGUAGAGGUAUACGGAAUCGCAAACGGGUCUGCAGCAAUCCUGAACCCAAGUAUGGAGGACUUCCUUGCCUUGGCCCAUCUCUAGAGUACCAGGAAUGCAACAUUUUGCCUUGUCCAGUGGAUGGAGGUUGGUCUUGUUGGUCAUCUUGGUCAAAGUGCUCAGCAACUUGUGGAGGAGGACAUUACAUGAGAACUCGCUCCUGCACAAACCCAGCACCAGCGUAUGGAGGAGAUAUCUGCCUUGGUCUGCACACUGAAGAAGCACUCUGCAACACACAGCCCUGUCCAGACAACUGGUCUGAGUGGUCCAAGUGGUCCGACUGUGACUCGUCUGGCCUCCAGACCCGCAGCCGUCAGUGCAUCGUUUUGUUUCCUGUGGGCAGCCAGUGCACAGGCAACACCACAGAGAGCCGAGCCUGCACUCUGGACUCCAACUUUAUACCAGAAAUAUCUGUGGCACGAUCCAGCAGCAUAGAAGAGAAACGAUGUGGCGAGUUCAACAUGUUUCACAUGAUUGCAGUGGGAUUAAGUAGCUCAAUACUUGGUUGCCUUCUUACCCUGCUUGUUUACACUUAUUGCCAACGAUAUCAGCAGCAGUCCCAUGAUGCUACUGUCAUCCAUCCAGUAUCACCAGCUCCUCUAAAUACCAGCAUUACCAACCACAUCAACAAACUGGACAAAUACGACUCUGUAGAAGCCAUCAAGGCAUUUAACAAAAACAACCUGAUUCUGGAAGAGAGAAACAAAUACUUCAAUCCACAUCUUACUGCAAAGACUUAUUCUAAUACCUAUUUUACAGAUUUCAAUAAUUAUGAUGAGUACUAA